AUGGCUUCCUAUCCAGCCGUGCCUUUAGUUUUUGUCUUCAAGAAUGCCAAUGGAACAACAGUUAGCUACAAGAGACAUGAAGAACUCGGAAAGGGUGGCUUUGCUAUUGCCUACAGAGUUUCGGAUGUAAAUACCGGACAAGACUACGCAAUGAAGGUAAUUAGUAAAGAUAAAUACACAAAACCAAAGAGUUUAGAGAAGCUUAAGAGUGAAAUAUCAAUUCAAGCUUCCUUAAAUCAUCCAAACAUUUUGAGAUCCUAUGCUCAUUAUGAAGAUUUCAAAUACUAUUACAUCUUACUUGAAUUAGCACCAGGUAAAUCCGUUCGUGACAUGGUUCGCGCUCAGAGAAGACUUCCAGAAAAGAAAGUUGCCCAAUUUACAAAGGAUAUUCUUCGUGGUGUUGGUUAUUUACAUGAUAACAGAAUCAUUCAUCGCGAUCUUAAGCUUGAAAACUACUUAAUAGGUGCUGAUGGAAAAAUCAAAGUUGCUGAUUUCGGCUUAAGCGCUAAACUUGAUUAUGAUGAUGAAAAGAAAUUCACAGUAUGCGGAACACCAAACUAUCUCUGUCCAGAGAUCUUAAGAUCAAAGGGCCAUUCUUAUGAAGUUGAUAUUUGGGCUAUUGGCGUUUCUGUUUAUGUAAUGCUCUUUGGUCGUCAACCUUUUGAUUGCAUCAAAACAAAGCUUCUUUAUGAGCACAUCAAAUCAGGAAACUACACAUUCCCACUCGAGCCUAAGGUUUCUAAGGCUGCCACAGAUUUCAUUAAAUCAACACUUCAAGUUAAUCCAGCUCUCAGACCCUCUGUUCAACAGCUUUUAUCUCAUCCUUUUAUUACAGGAAAUGGCUUUGACAACAUUUUGAAGAACCCAUUACAUAAUGUUGAACCAGCUCAUAUUGCUCCAAAGCAUAUCCCAAUUGUUCCAAAACCAGAAGAGCCUGUAAUUGCUCACAAGCAUUUUGCACCAAUACCAAAAUAUCAAGAUCUCAUAAGAAAGCCGCUUGAAAAGAAGGAAGAGAAUGAGAUAAUUCAAGAAAUCGAAAAUAGACCUGUUCGUGUUGGUGAAGAAACAACAGUUCCGAAGUACUUCGUUGCAAGAUUUUGUGAUGAUUCUAAGGCUAACGGUCUUGGUUACCUUCUUGCAGAUGGUACAGUCGGUCUUAUCAUGAAUGAUAAAUCCAGAUGGGUUAUGGAUCCUCAUGAAACAUUCAUCCAGUACUAUCGUGAUUAUCAUGUUGAAGAACCAGAAAAUGUCGAAGUUUAUUCCACAAAAUAUCAUCAAGUAACAAUCAUCAAGAAGUUCUCCAAGUCACUGAAGAAGUUAACUUCAAUGUUUACUUUACCAUCUGAACCAUAUAGUCGCUUCCUUCCUCUUCGCCAUGUAAAAUAUUGGCUUAGAACAGAGAAUGCAACUUUAUUCAGAAUGGAUCAAAAAGAUGUCCAGGUCAACUUCGAUGAUAAGGUGAAGAUUGCAUACUUCCCAAGACAGAAGAAGAUGAUGAUGGUAACAAAUCUCAAAGAGAGAACAAGAGCAAUUAUGACCGAUUCUCUUAAAUCUUCUAGAGUUCCUUCAGAGGAGAAAACACGCUACGAGAAAGUGCGUGAAUUACUUUUCAUGUUAAGUCAGCAGCAUGUUUGA